CGAAGGAAUAAAGACGACGAUGUUGUUGUUUAGAAGUGAUCAUGGAGUUUUUCUCAUUCUCGAAGCUUAUUCGUUAAGAUCACGAAUCUUACUCUUUCGUUACUGAUAAUGUCGGAUCCGAAAGGCUAGAUUUGAGCACUGGAGGGCUCCUGUGUUCUUUUCAGAGAAUAUGAGAAGAUUCCGGCGAUUCUUUUAUCGGUUUCUUCUUCUGUUCGUUAUUGCAUUACUGAGAUCCACCGGUUACUCCUUGACGGAAAAGGAGAUCCUGCUUGAAUUCAAAGGAAAUGUCACCGAUGAUCCUUUUAACAGCUUAAACUCGUGGCAACCUUAUGGAAAUCCUUGCGAGGAUUUCCGUGGCGUGUUUUGCAAUCCACUAGGAUAUGUGGAGAGAAUAGUGUUGUGGAAUACGAGCCUUGCUGGUGUGUUGUCGCCGAGCUUAUCUGGCUUGAAUUUCUUGCGGACAUUGUCGUUAUACGGGAAUCGAUUUACUGGUCCCUUACCUUCGGAAUUUGCAGAGAUUGUGACACUCUGGAAGCUUAAUUUGAGUACUAAUGCGUUAGACGGACAUAUUCCUGACUACCUUGGAGAUCUUCAGAGUCUUCGGUUGCUGGAUUUGUCGAGCAAUGGUUUAACCGGACAAAUUCCUGAAACUCUCUUCAAGAACUGCGUCAAGACGAGGUUCAUUUCUUUCGCGCACAACAGUCUCUCCGGUUCAAUUCCUAUAUCUAUUGCAAAAUGUUCGAAGCUUGUGGGAUUCGAUUUUUCUUUCAACAAUCUCAGUGGUAGUUUUCCUGCUCAGAUUUGUGUCCCUCCGAGCAUAUCCUACGUAUCCCUGAGAAGCAAUUCUUUAGCAGGGAACAUUCCAAGGCAGAUUUCGUCGUGUCAAAGCUUGGAAGUUUUAGAUCUUGGAAGCAAUUUUUUCACUGGUUUGGUUCCUUUCGAUCUUCUUGGAUUGAAAAAUCUCAGCCAUUUCAAUUUAUCUUCAAACCAGUUCCAGGGGGAGAUUCCCGAGAUACAAACCUGCAGCGAUCGAAUGGAAAUUUUUGAUGUUUCAAGAAAUGGUUUAAAUGGAGAGAUCCCACCGAGCUUCACGAAUUGCAGAAGCCUAAGGAUUUUGGAUGCAAGUUUUAACCAACUCAACGGGAGUAUUCCGCAGGAGCUUGGUAGCAUUGAAUUGCUACAGGUUCUGGAUUUGCACAACCUUCGCCUUACUGGUGAAAUUCCAGACGAGCUAAGCCAUUGUCGAUUUCUGCUUGAGCUGGAUCUUUCGGGGAAUGGCUUACAGGGAGGAAUACCACCGACCCUAUACAACAUGACAUACCUGAAAAUUCUUGACCUACAUCGGAACCAGCUCAGUGGAAGCAUCCCACCGACUCUAGGAGAGUUGUCUGGGAUUCAAUUGCUUGAUCUAUCGGAAAAUUCACUCUCAGGGUCAAUUCCUGAAUCCCUAGGAAAUUUAACGUUGCUAACUUACUUCAAUCUUUCCUUCAACAACCUCACAGGGGAGAUUCCUGCCAUUCCCACCUUGCAGAAAUUUGGCGCCGCAGCAUUCUCCCAUAAUCCUGGGCUUUGCGGCCUUCCUCUUAAUACGCUCUGCCCUGGUGAAGGCAAUCGUACCACAUCGACAAAAGGGAAAGCCAAGGUACUGAGUGUUUCAGCAAUAGUGGCCAUUGUUGCUGCUGCAGUUAUCCUCACUGGGGUCUUCGUGAUCUCCUUCAUGAACAUAAAGGCUGGCAGGAAGAGAAACAACGAGGUGUUGGUUGUAGAGAGCACUCCGCCAGUUUCAACAGAUUCAAACGUUAUCAUUGGGAAGCUGGUUCUGUUCAGCAAGAGCCUGCCUUCGAGGUAUGAGGAUUGGGAAGCGGGGACCAAAGCGUUGCUUGACAAGGAUUGUCUGAUUGGUGGCGGGUCCAUCGGGACAGUUUACAAAAGCAGUUUUGAAGGUGGAGUCUCCAUUGCAGUGAAGAAGCUCGAGACAUUAGGAAGGAUCAGGAAUCAAGAUGAAUUUGAGCAGGAGGUUGGGAGACUGGGAACUCUUCAACACCCCAAUCUCGUUGCUUUCCAAGGCUACUACUGGUCCUCUACAAUGCAGCUAAUUCUGUCCGAAUUCGUUCCCAAUGGGAAUCUGUAUGAGCAUCUACAUGGAGUAAGUUUCCCUGGCACCAGCACCAGUAGUGGUAGGAGCGAACUGUACUGGUCUAGGAGGUUUCAGAUUGCCCUUGGAAUAGCGAGAGCUCUUGCUUUCCUUCACCAUGACUGUAAACCACAAGUUCUACAUCUCAACAUCAAGUCCACCAAUAUACUUUUAAAUGAAAGAUACGAAGCCAAGUUAUCCGAUUUUGGGUUGAUCAAGUUGCUACCCAUGUUGGGUAGUCAUGGUUUAACCAAGUUCCACACAGCUGUUGGAUACGUUGCACCAGAGCUGGCUUGCCAGAGCUUAAGGUUCAGUGAUAAAUGUGAUGUUUAUAGCUUUGGAAUCAUCUUACUAGAAUUGGUUACAGGGAGGAAACCAGUGGAAAGUCCAGUAGCAACUGAGGUGGUGGUUCUGUGUGAAUACGUUAGGGGAUUGUUGGAGCAUGGUGCAGCGUCAGAUUGCUUUGACCGAACCUUGCGAGGGUUUGCAGAGAAUGAGUUGAUUCAGGUCAUGAAGUUGGGGCUGAUUUGUACUUCUGAGGUACCUUCCAGGAGACCCAACAUGGCAGAGGUUGUUCAAGUUCUGGAAUCCAUUAGAUCUGGUUCGGAAUCACAAUAGUCAAGGGAAGAAUUGAAGAUUGGGGUCCCAGACCCCUAAAGAAUUGUUGGUUUGGUAUAGAUUAGGUAAAGUGUUCCAUGGAAGAAAAUGGGACCCCCUGAAGCAUUUGGAAGGGGGGAAGAUAUGGGAGAAAAGAAAACAUUCUUUUUUAUUCUUUUUGUGCUUACCAACUUACCGUUGUGAAUUGAGAGGAAUUCUUCAUUGUUGAAAUAAAAUUAGUUGAUUCUUCCAUCA